CGUUUUAACUAGACAGCGGACAAUCUAAAUUAAGUUUACGUUAAGUACCAGCUAAUGAUGUUUUAAAUCAAAUUCGUAGUAGGAUUGGCGCGAAAAUUCUGUUUGAAUUGCUAAUCCGGCAAGAAGAAGACUUCAAUGUGUACAAGUGAAUGGCAGAGAGUGAAUAGUCGCCAACGGAGUUUUUUUAUAUACAAUACAUAUUUCGGCUGAUAAGAACAGGCUGGGCCCCUUAUCAGCAAUGCACAACAAGAUGUACACACGGACGGGAGAGAUGUAAGAAGCGAAAGCGGACGAAAAUAGAAACAAACGGCGAUAAAUUUACAGCAAAUGCGAAUUUUCAUACAUAAGCGAUGUGUCAAAGAGGAAUAGAGUAAUAAUUAAUCAGUUAAUCUGCAAAAUCGCCGGAGAGUGGACGUGAAAAUGAUGAACGGAAACGGAUAGCAGUGAGCAGUGAUCGUAAAUCCGAAUAGGACUAACAAUAACCUCAACCUAUGUAUUCUGCUUGUCGAAUAUAGAGCACGGCCACUUAGUUAUUUGGUUUUUUUUGUUAGGUGCCGACAGCAGCCAAGAGAACAAAGAGCCAUCGAUUCUUCGUUUAGUAACUUUUAGAUCAGAAACUUGUCUUAAGCUACAUUCUUUUUUUUCAAAGAAUUUGAAAUAGACUUAAAUAAAUACCCUAAAUGUGUGUGGUUGGUCUUUCCUAGUGCUCAGCAUGUUGAAAUCGAAGCAGUUGUUCCAGCAGUUUUCCAAAGAGUACGCGAAAUUUACGCCGACUAACUUUAAGCUAAAACGGGCACUAGUGGUCACCAAGUUGUCCCGCUAUGAGUUCGAGCAGCUUCGGUACCCGGAACUAUCUCCAGAUCAACUGCAACAAAAACUCCGGGACCGGGGCACAGACGUGGAGAUGGUCCUUCACCUGCACAAGGUGCACAAGGAUUUCGAGCGGCGGGUAGUGCAGAGUUUCCAGAAUGUUGGUUGCGAGGUGAAGUUAUCCAGCAGAAGCUCGUUGAGCAAGGAUGUCAUGAGCUGGGCGGACGUCAUCGUGCCGGUGGGCGGUGAUGGUACCUUCCUUCUAUCAGCCGGUCGCGCCAGUCCACUCUUCGCCCUCAGCCAGCAAAAGACACCGAUCGUGGGCUUCAACUCGGAUCCUCUUCAUUCCGAGGGUAGACUUAUGCUACCCAAACACUAUUCCGACAAUCCUGCCGAUGCCGUUUCCCGAAUAAAAAGUGGUGACUUCAAGUGGAUGCAUCGCUCUAGGGUGCGGACCACGCUGUUGGGCAGCAACGGUAAGAUCCCGGAGUCGACGGACCUCUUCCGGCAUACAGAGGUUAAGAUGGAGCAGGUCACCACGGCCCCAGAAAUGCUUGAUCAGAACAUGGCUUAUAAAUAUAAAGCCAAAAUGAAACGUAUUCUCCCGUACUUGGCUCUAAACGAGGUAUUUAUCGGCGAACAUCUCUCAGCACGAGUGUCCCACUUGCAGCUGGUGCUGGACCACCAGGACGUGGUUAACAAGACCAAAUGCUCCGGGUUAUGUGUCAGCACUGGGACGGGCUCAACUUCCUGGCACACCAGCAUCAAUCGCAUCACCAGCCGGGAUGUGGACGACCUUUUGCGCUCGCUGCCCAACAGUGGCUCCAAGGAAGUUAUGACUCUGCGAAAGAAAUCGGGGGAGAUUGCCCAGCGGUACAACCAAGGGCUGCUAUUCGCGCCAGAUGAUCCUCGUCUCUGUUACUCGAUCCGGGAACAAAUCUGCGUAGGUGUGUGGCCCUCGCCAAAGACGUUUAAGGAACGCGACUUUGCGCAAACUGUGUUUGUGAAGUCGCAUUGCAUCGAUGCCAACCUGGUUAUAGAUGGAAGCAUUUCGUUCCCUUUCAAUGAUGGCGCCAAAGCCUUGCUGGAGGUUCAUCCAGAGGAUGCCCUUCUGACAAUCGCUUUAGACUGAACCCAGUGAUGCGUCCCAAGUGCCUGGUUAUCUAGCAUGUCUGAAUUUUUGAAAUUAUUUAAGUAUGCAUUUUGCAACUACUUAGAAAUGUAAGCUCAAAAGUUAUUUUGUUAUUAUAUAAACGUAUAUUUAAACAUCA